AUGCGUGCGCCUGGGCUGCGUGCUCCCCGAGUAACAGGAAGAAAUGGGAGCAGGAAGAAGUGCGGACGUUGGAGUCUAAGACGUGGAAGCCGGCGUAUCCCUCGGCGCUGGAUGAAACUCUCUGUUGCAUUUAAGAUAAGAACCAUUAUAAAAACUGCAUUCGUACCUUCAAAGUACUUCCAGGUUUGCAGUGGAGAUGGUGCUGUGAGCCUGGUGGAAAAGAAGAGACGUGGAGAGCAAUUGUCACAGCGCAGUGCGUUCUAUGCCAUCAUCUUAAAGGGCAGAGAAUGGACAGGAGAGGCAAAGAUGCAAACAAGGAGACAGGUACAUGGCCAUUGCAGAUGGAAGAUGGAGACCAGGACUGGUGUGCAGCAGUGGAGAUCACGUGGAGUGGUCAGACCAAAGAUGUAUUUGGAGAGGUCUUCCUCUGGUAAAUUGAAAACGGUACCUCCCCUCUGUGAAUCUGCCACCCUCCACAUGCUUGGCCCGGAUGCCGUACACCUGCUCAGCGUCAGCCGGAACCCACCGGAGCAUAUGGCAGCUCGCAUAUUGCCUCAUCCCGGGAUGGGUUGGGAACGCUGGUCACCUGGGCUCUGUUUUCAAGUGGUGUGACAGCAGCUGUGGGAAGCCCAGCGAAUGACAGGCUCUCCCUGCUCCUCUUACCAGUGGGAAAGAAGAGUGAAGGGAACAGAAGGGAGAUGUUUUCAGAUACCCAGCAGCUCUGACUUGACUGCUCUGUAAAAGAACACACCACUCACUGGCUUUCCCCGCUGUGAGCAGGUGCAAUAGAAGGGAAACCCUGAUUUUUUUUUUUUAAACUCCUAGUCAAUUGUAGUUGACAGAAUUAUGGCCACUAAAGAGAUCUAAUCCCUAAUCCCCAGUACCUGUGACUAUACUAUUUUAUGGGACAAAACAGAUCAGGUAGCAGAUGGGCUUAAGGUCUCUGGUCAUUUGCCUUUAAAAUAGGAAGAUUAUUCAGAUAACCUGGGUGGGAUCAAUGUAAUCACAAGUGUCCUUAAAUGGGGAAAAGAAAGCAGGAAAUGUCAGAGUAAUGCUAUGUGAGGACUCGACUUGCUGUGGCUGGCUUUGAAGAUGAAGACAAAGGGCUACUAGACAAGUAAGCUGGGCAGCCUCUAAAACCUGGAAAGGACAAGAAAUAGAUUCUCCCCUAGAACUUCCAGAAAGGUGUACAGCCCAGCCCCACACCUUGAUUUUAACCCAAUGUGACCCAUGUUGGAACAUGGGUUUCUGUGAACCCAGAAACCAAUAGAAUAAUAUGUCUUGUUUGGAGCCACUGUUGGUGCUUAUUUGUCGUAAGAGCAAUAAGAAACUGAUAAGUGGAGUGCUGGCCUGAGUGCUGGUUCUCAGUGCGUUAAAGUCAGCUGGGGAACUUUGAAAAGUCCUCAGGCGGGACCAUACCCCAGAGCAGUCAUAUCAGAAUCUCUUUAAGUGGGACCCCAAAAUCAGAAUUUUCAAAAAUGCCUGGUGAUUUAAAGGCAGAAGCAAAGUUGAUCAUUUAGUGGAUAGAACCCCAAAAGUGUUUGGAGACAAGAGCUGGGUUGAGAUUCCAUUUCUAUCAUUUCAAGAUUGAGCUCAGAUUAUUUCACCUACACAUUAAGUGCACAUAUACACAUAUAUUUGUAUCUAUAAUAUAUAUAGAUAAAUGGAUAGGUCUAUAGAUAAAUAAUGUAAAAAUAUAUAGAUAAUGUAGCUCAGACAGAUUAUUUCACCUACACAUUAAGUGCACAUGUACACAUAUAUCUGUAUCUAUAAUAUAUAUAGAUAAAUGUAUAUGUCUAUAGAUAAAUAGUGUAAAAAUAUAUAAUGUAUAAAAUGAAUACAUGUAUGUAUCCAUAUGCACAACAAACAGCCCUUCUAUGAAAUGGGAUGUUAUUUGUGACGUUUUACAUGUAAAGAGAAUUGUUCAGUCACUCAGUCGUGUCUGACUCUUUGUGAUCCUGUGGGCUGCAGCUUGCCAAGCUUCCCUGUCCUUCACCAAAAUCCGGAGCUUACUCAAACUCAUGUCUAUAGAGUCGGUGAUGCCAUCCAACCAUCUCAUCCUCUGUCAUCCCCUUCUUCUCCCACCUUCGAUCUUUCCCAGCAUCAGGGUCUUUUCUGAUUAGUCAGUUCUUCGCAUCAGGUGGCCAAACUAUUAGAGUUUCAGCUUCAGCAUCAAUCCUUCCAAUGAUAUUCAGGACUGAUUUCCUUUAGGAUUGACUGGUAGGCUCUCCUUGC